CGUUCAAGGAUGCCGAAGGAUCCCUGCUGUCUCGUAAAUAUCUAUAUCAGUGGUAUGUAUGUAUAACAAUAAAAAAAUCUUGUUAACUUCUGCUUUUUCAGAAUGGCUCGUUCGCAAUAUGACACUAUUAUAAUAGGUCUCGGAGCAGCCGGCGUGACAGCAGCGGCGACGCUAGGAAAAGCUGGAAAACAAGUAUUGGGUCUUGAGGCGGAAGGAAGGAUUGGGGGGAGAGUCAACACUGUGCCUUUUGGGGAUGGGGUGGUCGAGUUGGGGGCAGAGUGGAUCCACGGCGAACAUCCCAGCUUGGUAUACGAUACAGCCGUCCAAAACAAUAUUCAACUGGCCUUCCAAGACCUGGCCUUUAACAUAUUCAGAUCAGACGGUCAAGUUCCCAAUGAGGAAUUUCAACUGUUAUGCAACGAAGUUAUAGCACAAGGAUUUAUUUUUAUGGCAAAUCCCCCAGAGGAAUCUAUACCAGCAGGUCAAUUCGUCACAGCGAAAUUAAUGCAGUAUUUUAAGGAUAACAACCCAAAAAUCCUAGAAGACCAGGACUUAGUCGAGCAACUUUUGGAAUUUUUGAAUUUGUUGACGAACAACUACUGCGCGUGCAACGACUGGAACGAUUUGGACGCCAGAGACAAAUUUACUCAUUUAGACGGCCAUCAACACAUAAGCUGGUAUAAACAGGGUUAUAAAACCUUUUUUGACAUUAUGUUGAACACAUACAGGGACGGACCAGGUUUAUCAAAUUUAAACGUAAAGUUAAACACCGAGGUGACGCAAAUCGCUUGGCCUGAAGAUCCAAACGGAACAGUCAAAGUGAUUACUAAAGAUGGCGCUGUCUAUACCGCGGAUAGCGUUAUUAUUACAGUUUCAGUAGGCGUGCUUAAGGAAAGCUACAAAACCCUCUUCACACCGAAGCUACCAGCCAAAAAAAUUGCAGCAAUAGAGAAUUUGGCCAUCGGUGUAAUGGACAAAAUAGUUCUUUCCUUCGAGACGGCUUGGUGGCCUAAAAAUGCCACCUUUUUUGGGUUUUUGUGGCAAGGAGAGGAUAGGAGGAGAAUUGGCAGAGAGGAUUACUGGAUUACAAGAAUUUUUGGUGCGUCAUCACCUAUGGGGUCCGAUAACGUACUGACAUUAUGGACGAGUGGGGAAACUGCGAAAAUGGUGGAGCUCUUGCCAGAAGACUUAGUGAGAAGGAAAUGUAUGCAGCUUCUUCAGAUGUUCAUGGGAGGGAAAACCAUCAUACCCGAACCGACAGGAUUUAUCAGGUCAACCUGGCACAGCAACCCUUAUACCCGUGGAAGCUAUUCUUAUGAUUCAAUUCAUGUAGCCUCCCUCCCAUGGCUACGUUCUGAACUGGCAGCUCCAUUGACCGAUCGCAGUGGAAAACCCAGAGUACUGUUCGCUGGCGAAGCUACAGACGAAACACAUUUCUCUACUGUCCAUGGCGCUUGUGAUACUGGAUACAGAGAAUCAAUGAGGUUACUGCCCGCUUCCAAAAUGUAGACUUCGGCACAUAAGAGGACAGAUUCGAAAGCAACAAAAGCUAGAAAUUUACUAACCCAUUCAUGGACCGGAACUGGUUAAGUUCUAAAUGUAAUUUUUCAUCGAGUAUAUAACCAGAAAUAGAGGUGAAAUGUCAUUUAAUUUGUUUGUAAACUAUUCUGCCAUAUCAUUACGGUGACAACUGCGCUCCGAUUGGCCAGCCCGAAUUC